AGCCAGAUCUCUGAAGAGGAGGAUUCUUUUUUACUAAAGACUAAUAGAACCUCCAAUUUCCAGCUGGGAUUGAAGGAAGCUCAGAGUUUAUCGAAUCCAAUUCCCUUUUCAUUCAGAUGAAGAAAAAGUCAGAGAAGUUAAAGGACUUGCCUAUAGUCACAGCUACAGAAACUCUGAUGGGACUAUAUUGAGAUGGAAUGCCUUUUACUUCUAGAUUUGUCCUUUGUCUUCUUGGUCCUCCUUCCCAGGCCAAUUUCGGGGAAAUUCACUGUGAUAGGACCACAACAACCAAUCAUUACCAUGGUGGGUGGAGAGGCCAUAUUCCCAUGCCACCUUUCUCCCCAGAUCGAUGCCCAAGACAUGGAUGUGAUGUGGUUUUAUGGAGAGUCUUCACAACUGGUACAUCGCUAUAAAUAUAGGCAGGAUUAUCUGAAUCAUCAGCACCCAUAUUAUAAUGGGAGGACAGAAUUUCUUCGAGAUGACAUUUCCACUGGGAGUGUGGCCUUGAAGCUUCGUCACAUUCGUCCCUCUGAUGAAGGGAAGUACCGGUGUUUAUUUAAAAAUUCUACUGCUUAUGAGGAAGCAGAAUACCAAGUAUAUGUAGCAGGCAAAGGUUCUGCUGCUCACAUACACAUUGUGAAUGAUGGAAAUAAAAGUCUUAGGCUGGUAUGCACAUCUACAGGGUGGUACCCAGAGCCUGAAGUUCAAUGGAGAAAAAACCAGGAAAAGUUAUUGCCACAAGACACUAUGAUCAAGAAGAAAGAAAAUGGACUAUUUUCUGUUGAAACAUCAAUCACAGUUUCCAUCAAUUCCACAGUGAAUGUUUCUUGUUUCAUUGGGAACCCUCUCCUCAGACAAAAGUUGGAAGCAAGUUUUUCUCUGUCAGAUGCCUUGUUUCCAAAUGACACUCCCUGGAUAGUGAUAUGGAUUGUCACUGUGGUCCUUCUCAGCAGUGUGAUUCUCAUCCUUAUUUUUGUGAUCUGGAAGUUAAAAAAAGUCAAAGGUGUGAAUAAAGAUGAGCUUGGUGUGAAUAAAGAUGAACUUGGUAUCAAAAAAGAUGACUCUGGAAUGAGAAAAAAUUCAACAGAGUUGAAAAAAGAUGCAACUGGCUUCCUUAAAGACUCUCUGGGUAUAAUAACAGUUGCCAUCAAGCCCCAAGUGUUUUUUGCCAGGGGCCCUAGAGCUGAGCCCCACCUCUUGUAA